AUGGGAUUAGUAACGGGAGCCGGUCGACAGUGUUAUUCACCAAAGGCUGUGCUGAAGGGAUUGAUAUUUAUCAAGCGGUAUUCCAGGUGUAAGUUUCAACAAGUUUAUCUUAUAUCCUUGAUGAAUAUAUCUCACAUAUUAGACCUUAUUGGCUACUUGUACAGCGGAAAUGCGGGAUCGGAGCUUCAUCAAGUUCAACGGGAAUUGCAAAAGCUACAGAAGUCCGAUUUCGGUGUUGAACUCGCGGACGAACUGCUGAAACGGGAUGAUGUAUCUUAUGACGUUAAAUAUUUUGGUGCAUUAACUUAUGCAGUCCAGCUAAAUACGAAUUUGAAAUCAGAAGAGCAACUUUGGUCUAUAUUUGAGGGUAAUUUAAUUCAUUUGACUAGGUUAAUUAAUGUUUACCUUUCUAUGCCAAGUCCCAAUAAAAGAUUAUUUAUUACGUUAACCAAAUUGAUAUCGAAUUUAUCAUUGGUUUUUAUUCACAUAAAUGGGACACGCAAGCCUAAUAGUGAUAUACCAAUAUGGCCUAAUCCUAUCAAUACGUUAAUCAGACUCAUUUCACAUAGUAAACAGUGGCCUAUAGAACAGUGGCAGGUAGGUAAUGCCGAGCUUUCUGCUUUAGUAAAGAGUUCUAUUACAGCUGAUGUAAGUUACCAAGAGCUGUUACAGUGCAUUGAUCCCGAUGACCGAUUGAAUGAAUUAGUUCUUUCAUUUACAAAAAUUAUAGUAGAGGAUUUCGUGAAAUUCCAACCCAAAGCAGUGCAUAUGCAUGAAGUAAAUAUAGUUGUUCAUGAACACAUAUAUGUCUCUGCCAUGGCACUUAUAAAUUAUAACCUGGAAAAUAAGCUACUUUCUACCAUCAAUCCCCCAUACACUAGCGAAGUUUUUGAAUUUGUACGUGCAUGGAUAUCAUUUAUCUCUUAUGCUAGAAGGCACUCUAUUCACGGUAAUAUGGAUCUUUCGGAAAUGAUUAAAAAUCUGAUUAGUCUUAUGUGUACAACUGUAAAUGGCACCUACCCAUAUUCAGAUAUGGUAAUCAAAAUUUUGGAUGACUUGUUCGAGAGAGACCCAAUGUUGGUGAACUACGAAUUACGCCAGCAGCUUGAGUCAAUAUUUCUCGGUGUAACUUGCACUGACAAAAAAGACCAAAACGACUCUGCGUGCUCUGUAGGCAGUCACGAUUGGUUACUAGCAUAUAUGGAUAAAUUAGUUACUACAGAGUCCUACGAAGAAUUGAAGCAGCUUUCCGAAUGUAUUGUGGGUUUUCUUAAGAUUAACACCUUGGAGAUUUGCAACAAAUUGUUUACUGUAGUUCAUGCUGAUGAUGGUCAGGUGCAGCAAUAUAUUAAGGUUUUAUUACAAUUGACUAAUUUUCCUUUGGUUCCCGUUAUCCAAGAGGCGUAUUCUAUGAAAAUGGUUGAUUUAUGGAUAGAUAUCUGCACCUCCUAUAAUAAUAUACCUCAAGAUAUUCUGCGGCCUGAUAGUUCUGAAAUAGCGGCUGAGCUAUAUAGUCAACUGGUCAAAAUUUAUUUACCCCGGAUUAGUUUAAGAAUCAAGCAAAGAAUUCUAGAAAAAUCUGAAAGCCGAUAUGACUUUUUGUUAUACGAGUUUCAAGACUUCAGAAAUGCCGUCGAAGACCUCAUGGAAACCUUGUGGUAUUCUAUGGACCAUAGCAAGCUGACAAACUACUUGCUAUCAGGAAUUAGUCAACAACAAAGUGGAAAUAUAGAUCUGUUUGAGGUGGAAGUAGUGUCAUUCCUGUUGAAGAGGUUGCUUGAUGGGGUUAAUCUGUCCCAAUCACCAUUGGUUAGCGAUUUGAUUCGUGACUCUAACCUGGUGGAACAUGUAAUGUUGCUAAUUAGUACUGGCUGCAAGCAACAAGCCUAUGAUGAGACCACUCAAGAAUUAAAAUGCGUUUUCCUAGAUACUGGAGCAAGGCUAUUAGCAACCUUAUCAGGUUUUUUGCAACUCGAUCAGAAGCAGUUGAGUCAUAUCGUGUCAUCGCUAUUUGAUUGCAUUGAAAAUUGUCAUAAGUUUAAUGCCCCACGUUAUGCUGAAAAAAUGCACGAAGAUCUCAUCAACACUGUGGUUACUCUCUGUGAUAAAUGUCGUAAUGAGCUGGUACCGUUACUGCCUAAUUUUAUACAGGUUUUGCAUGCAAUUCUUCCGCAGACAUCUUCAAAUUCCAAUGUUAUACGAGGGAAACUUACUCGUUCCAUUGCAUACAUUGUUCAAACUUCAGUAAGAAAAGGUCCCGAAGAGCAAGGUAAACAUAUUAGCGAGACAUUAGACCUCUUUGUUACUACGAUGUAUCGUACUGAUAGAAACAGCAUGCUCUGUUUGCUCACAUGUAUCAGUGAGUUAGGUUCAGGUAUUCUCGAAAAACACGAUUAUGAAGAUCCAGAAUACACUCAACAAAUAGGGGCAUUAAGAAACUAUUGGGAAGAAGAUCCUUUACAAGUUCGGAAAAAGGUUUACGACGUCGUGACUUCAUGCUGCGAGCAAUAUUCAAAAGAUACAGAAUUUAUCGAGGUGAGUUGUCUAAUAUUUAGUAAAUCGUUAAGUUUAGACGAUUCUAAAGCACAUUUCCUUGCAUUUGACACAAAUAUUAUCAUGGAAUUCAUAUUAGCGAGACUUGCAACAUGCGAAAUAUCAACUGGUUUGCCUUAUAUCAGCUAUUUGCUCGAAAGAAUCGUUAUGCAUAGAAAAUUGGAUCUAACAUCGACGGAUUUUGACUUUAUGUUCACGAAUUGCUUCAUUAAAUACUAUCAAACCCACAUUGUCAACGAUCCAGAUCUCAUCCAAGUCAUGAUAGGAUUCGUAAACGAAGUUAUGUACGAAAAACCCACAAUUGCCGUUCAUUCAUCGCAUUGGUCCACUUUCAUUUUACCACAAUUCAUUCGUUUCCUAUCUGCUAAGGAACGUUUUACUAUAAGUGUGGUUGCCAAAUUUUGGGCCAGGUUCCUAAAUAACAGAAGAUAUACACUCGAUGAUAAAGCAAUUGUUGAUAGUAACAUUGCUUCAUUAGGUGAACAAUUGCUGACUAGUACUAUGCACGCCCUUUUAAACACACAGAGGUCAGAUAUACAGUACUAUACCGAGGUCCUUCGUGCACUUGUCGCCAAGAAGCCACUGGAAACUAAGAAAUGGCUCACCCAGUCCCUUCCUCAAUUAUCAAACAAUGGAAAAGCCAACUCAAAGUUCCUAGAGGCCAUUUUACUUGCUCGCGGUUCAAGAGCCACACAGAAUAUUGUACUAGAAUGGUGGCUACAAAGCAAUGGCUUGCCAAAGAUGAAGUGA